AUGCCUCAACAAAUUAUUCGACCUACUAAUAGACCUAAUGAAGAAUAUAAUGUUCUUCAAGUCCUUGGAAAAGGCAGUUUUGGUAUUUGUCUAAAAGUUGCAAAUAGAGCUAAUGAAUUGUUUGCUCUAAAAGCAAUUGAGAAAAAAACUGAACAAAAUUAUGAUGUGUCCCUUUUUGAUAUGGUAUAUAAUAGAGGGGAAUUAACUGAAGCUGAAGUUCGCCUAUACAUGAUUCAGUUAAUUGAUGCUAUAAGCUAUAUGCAUGAUAGUAAUAUCUUGCAUAGAGAUCUCAAACCUGACAAUAUUUUCAUGUCAGAUGAUCUAGAUUUAAGAGUUGGGGACUUUGGGUUGUCAACUGAAUUUACUUCCACAGAUGAACGUGCAAGAACUCCCUGUGGAACGUUGCCAUAUAUGGCACCGGAAAUGUUGAAACCCGAAGUUGGUUAUAGAUAUGAGGCUGACAUUUGGGCAAUUGGUGUCAUUAUGUAA